CCAUUCAGUACGGAAACUACACGCUGCCUCUAAGUUGCUGCAAGGAAUGAAACAGGCAUAGGAAACACUAAAAUUCCCAGAGCUACUGGUGGUGAAAGUCAUGAUUAUUCUGCUACCCUCAAGAUCUAGCAUCAUGCUUUGCAGCUUGGCUUUGAAGAACAGACAGCACACAGUAUCCCACUUGCUACACUUGGACUAGAAAGCUAAGGCUUCACUGGAAGAUUUUUGUACUAAUUUGGUUUUUUUUGGCUCAAGCAUUGCUCUUUCAGGAGUUAGUGCAUAAGGUUUGCUGCACUGGACCAAGAUUGUGCCAUUAAUGGACUUCUGCUGCUUUUGGAAAGACUUCUCUGGGGCUCUGUGUAAACUUCAUAUCCAGCAGAAUGGCAGUAAGUGAAGGUGUCAGGUCAGUUAUGUGAAUUAUCUUUUUUGUCUCCUUGUUAUGUUUUUCGUGCUACUCUCACCUAACCACACAAACGGAUGGCAGUAUUAAAGGAACCACUCUAUGAUCUGGUCAUUGACAUUGAAAGGUGAUUACUGAAGACCCAAUGAGUUGGGGGGCUUACACAUGGACCACAUAAAUCAUCAUGGUCAUCGUUAUCAAUAGUAGUUACAUGCACAGCAACAUCCGAUCCUAUGUAAUCGAAGAGCUGAAAGAUCAUAGCACCUCUAUAAUGAUUUCUGGAUCUUUCGAUCCCCGUCUGCCUAAGAUUCUUCAGGAUGCCACCACAGCAAGCCCCAUUUCAACAUCUACCUUCAGCAGUGAAAAUGACACACAGUGCGGAGAACUGAUGAUUCUUAAUUAUGGCCACAUUGAAAAACUGGUCAUAGGAGCCAUCCUAUCUUUGAUCACUUUGCUAACAAUUGCAGGAAAUUGCCUGGUGGUCAUAUCAGUAUGCUUUGUGAAAAAACUCCGACAGCCUUCCAACUAUUUGAUUGUGUCUUUGGCUUUGGCUGAUCUCUCAGUCGCUAUAGCUGUCAUGCCUUUUGUCAGUGUUACUGAUCUCAUUGGCGGAGAAUGGAUCUUUGGGCAUGUAUUUUGCAACGUUUUCAUUGCUAUGGAUGUCAUGUGCUGCACAGCUUCCAUUAUGACUUUGUGCGUUAUAAGCAUUGACAGGUACCUAGGAAUCACCCGGCCACUUACGUAUCCUGUCAGACAGAACGGCAGAUGCAUGGCCAAAAUGAUCCUUUGUGUCUGGCUCCUUUCUGCGUCUAUAACAUUACCUCCUCUCUUUGGCUGGGCCCAGAAUGUAAAUGAUGAUAAAGUUUGCCUUAUCAGCCAGGAUUUUGGAUACACCAUCUAUUCCACAGCAGUUGCCUUUUACAUUCCAAUGUCCGUGAUGCUUUUUAUGUACUACAGAAUCUUUAAAGCUGCUAAAAGAAGUGCAGCCAAGCACAAAUUUACUGGACUUCCCCGUCCUGAAGAGAGUGAAGGAAUGAUCUCUGCAAACGGAAAUGUGAAAACCCAUAAAGAGUCUGAAGAAUGUACAAAUCUCUCAAAGCUGCUGAGAAAUGAUAGGAAAAACAUUUCUAUUUUUAAAAGGGAACAGAAAGCUGCUACAACCCUUGGGAUUAUUGUAGGGGCGUUUACAAUUUGCUGGCUACCUUUUUUUCUACUUUCAACUGCAAGACCUUUUAUUUGUGGGACUGAGUGCAGUUGCAUUCCGUUAUGGUUGGAGAGGACCUUUUUAUGGCUGGGAUAUGCAAACUCUCUUAUAAACCCUUUUAUUUACGCCUUUUUUAACAGAGAUCUGAGGACAACCUAUCGAAAUCUGUUACAAUGCAGGUACAGAAAUAUCAACCGGAAGCUGUCUGCUGCAGGGAUGCACGAGGCGUUGAAGCUAGCAGAAAGGCCUGAUCGUGCCUUGACCAGGAGGCACAGCCGAGAGCACUUUAGAACCAUAACGUGACUCCUACCUAAGAAACUUUGAUUUAUGCAGACAAGAGCAAGAAUUGUGAAGAACUGAUGAAGAAAAGAUCAGUCACAAGACCAGUUUAUCAGCAGGCUGAACUCAUACGUUGUGCUUCAAUCAUGUACCAUUUUGUCUACACCCAGAGGAAUCUUUUUACUCUUCAAAUGAGAUUUUCCACUAUUCAGUGAGGCACUGUGGUUAUGUUUGGUCUUUACGAGCGCAAUCUUUAAUGUGUAUUACAAUCAUUAAUAAAUCUAAUUAUAAAGUCUAUGUACCAAAUAAACAUUUUUUAGAUAUA